AUGGAGGGCAAGUAUGAAUCAGUUGAGGAAGCAAUCACAACUAUAAAAUUCUGGUUGCAGCAGAUGGCCUCUUCCAUAAAUAAGGUUAAGGUUCUUUCUUCUCAUGAUGCUAGAAUUUUGUCUAAUUUGAAUAUUCCAUGUGUGAUGGGGUGGCAAAGGCAAACUCGUAUGAUCACUUGGAGGAAGCCUAUAUCAGGUAGGGUAAAACUUAAUGUGAAUGGUUGUAGUUUUUGGAAACCUGGUCCAUCGGGUUGUGGUGGUGUUAUUAGGGAUGAGUUUGGGAUGGUUAUGGCUGGUUUUACAUCUCAAUUAGGGGAGACUACUAAUACAGAAGCUGAGUUGAGGGCUAUUAUUGAAGGGUUGAAGGUAUACCAACAACUUGGGGCUUGUGCUCUGGAAUUUGAAUGUGAUUCUCUAAUUAUUGUUAAUUGGCUAAAAAAACCGGAAGGUAAUCAAGUGGCAGAUUCUUUGGCAAAAUUAGGUGCAAAAGGUCAUACAUAG